UGCAACUGCGAUUGAUGAAAACGAGGCCUUAAUAAAAAAUUGCCUACAGCGUAUUAUCUUCGAUGGGCGAGUCGCGUCUAUAUCGAAUCGAAUCGAUCCUUGUAUAAACGUAGAUGUACGUUGUUGGCUAUUGAUUUUGGCUCUUCCGAAUUAAAAAAUUCUAAAUUUCAAGAAAAAUUCCAGUCUGUCGAGCGAGGAAACCGAUCAGGGUAGAAAAAUGAGGGAAAUCGUGGUGUUACAAAUUGGUCAGUGCGGAAACAACGUAGGAGGAAAGUUUUGGGAGGUAAUUUCGGACGAGCAUGGCUUGAGACAGGACGGAAUAUUUUGCGGCGAAUCGCAGCUUCAGUUGCAACGUUUGAACGUGUACUUCUCGCAAGGACCAGGCGACAGAUACGUGCCAAGAGCAGUCCUGGUUGAUCUCGACCGUGGAAGUUUGAACGAUGUGUUGUCCACUUCGUACGGUCGAUUGUUCAAUCCUGACAAUUUUGUGGCUGGCCACGUAGGGGCAGCAAAUAAUUGGGCAAAGGGUUACUACACUGAAGGAGCCGAGCUGGCCGAGACGGUGCUGGAUCUGACUCGCAAAGAAGCCGAAGCCUGCGAUCUGAUGCAAGGCAUUCAAAUGGUUCAUUCGCUGGGCGGCGGUACCGGAGCCGGUAUGGGUGCGCUGUUGACGAACAAACUGAAGGAAGAGUAUCCGGAUAGAAUUCUAAAGAACUACAGCGUGAUACCGUCGCCAACGAUGUCGGACGUGGUUGUAGAGCCGUACAACGCGGUACUAGCUCUCGGGAAAUCGAAGGAUAACGUGGACGAAACCUUCUGCAUCGACAAUCAAGCUCUUCAUCACAUCUGCACGCACGUUUUGAAGCUAUCCACGCCAACUUUUGGCGACGCUAAUCACCUGAUAUCCGCUUGCAUGGCAGGUAUCACCACUUGCCUACGAUUCCCUGGUCAGUUGAACACCGAUCUGAGGAAACUACAGGUCAACCUGGUACCUUAUCCGGGCCUCCACUUCUUCGUGCCCGGUUACGCUCCUCUGACCAGUAGGUCAGCCGCGGCUUUCAGAGUACUCUCGGUUCCAGAGUUGACGCAACAAUUGUUCGACGCGAAUAGCAUGCUCGCCGAUUGCGAUCCUCGCCGGGGCAAGUUCUUCACGGUGGCUGCCAUCUUCAGAGGGAGAAUGUCGACCAAGCUCGUCGACGAACAGAUGCUGAACAUACAAAACAAAAACAGUCCCUAUUUCAUCGAAUGGAUCCCGAACAACGUUCAAACAGCCAUCUGCGACAUUCCACCGCGAGGUCUUGCCAUGAGCGCCACCAUGAUAUCGAACACCACAGCGAUCCAGGAAUUGUUCAAGAGGCUGACGAAAGGUUUUAACGAUAUGUUGAAGAAGAAAGCGUAUCUACAUUGGUACACGGCCGAGGGGAUGGACGAGUCGGAAUUCUCCGAUUGUCAGAACGGGUUGUACGAUCUCAUUUCCGAAUAUCAGCGACACCAGGAGGCACCGGCCGAGACUACCUUCGACUUGGACACGGCGGAAUACGAAGAGUAAUCGAGGAUCAAGGGUAGGAGGAAAAGAAAGAGAACAUAGUCGAUAAAACAUAUAUUUUUUCAAGGAACAAACUUGCGCUACAUUUAAACGCUCGCCACGAUUACACGCAGACGAUAGAUAGAUUGGUUUGUCGUGGAUACAACAUAGAAGAUUGAUUUUUGGUUUGAGCGCUUUGGCCUUCGGUCGAGUCGCGAGCCGUUGCUCGCAAACCCAGAAUAUCGGACGCUGGCUGUAUUAAAUUUUCGUUUCCUAACUUUCGAGCUUCACGCCAUCCACCUUAUCGCAUUGAAAAUGGGACGAAACGUAGCAACGAGUGUAUCAAACUUCGCGAUCGUGAAAAAGAAACGUCACGUAUAAAAGUAUAAAAUGGAAAGCGAGAAAGUGAGAAAGAGAUAACGGCCGUUCUCGUUACUACGUUGACAAAGCUGAAAGAGACGAGGAAGAAAUAUAAAAAAGAUAAUCGUUCGGCGGUCGUUCACUCUUGAUCGCAGGUCUCAAAGUCGUCGGCGCAUUCUUCGGCCUCGAAAUCUUCCUCGGCGGUGGCUUCUUGAUAUUGUUGAUACUCCGACACCAGAUCGUUCAUGUUCGACUCGGCUUCCGUGAAUUCCAUCUCGUCCAUACCUUCGCCGGUGUACCAAUGCAGAAAAGCUUUCCUCCGGAACAUGGCGGUGAACUGUUCGGAAAUUCUCUUGAACAGUUCUUGAAUGGCGGUCGUGUUUCCGAUAAAAGUUGACGACAUCUUUAACCCCUUCGGCGGUAUAUCGCAAACGGCGGUUUUCACGUUGUUCGGUAUCCAUUCGACGAAGUAAGAGCUGUUCUUGUUCUGAACGCUGAGCAUUUGCUCGUCCACUUCCUUCAUGGACAUUCUACCGCGGAACACGGCGGCGACGGUCAAGUAUCGACCGUGUCUGGGGUCGCAGGCGGCCAUCAUGUUUUUCGCGUCGAACAUCUGUUGCGUGAGCUCCGGCACCGAGAGCGCCGAGUAUUGUUGCAUAGACCUGGAGGUUAGCGGUGCAAAGCCGGGCAUGAAGAAAUGGAGACGAGGGAAGGGAACCAUGUUCACCGCUAAUUUUCUCAGGUCGGCGUUCAGUUGGCCGGGAAACCUGAGACAGGUCGUAACGCCGGACAUGGUUAGCGAGACCAGAUGAUUCAGGUCCCCGUAGCUGGGAUUCGAAACCUUCAAAGUACGGAAACAGAUGUCGUAGAGGGCCUCGUUGUCGAUGCAGUAAGUCUCGUCGGUGUUCUCGACCAGCUGAUGCACGGACAGAGUGGCGUUGUAAGGCUCCACCACGGUGUCGGACACUUUAGGGGACGGCAUCACCGAAUACGUGUUCAUUAUUCUGUCCGGGUACUCUUCACGGAUCUUAGAGAUGAGUAGAGUCCCCAUACCGGAGCCGGUACCACCGCCGAGCGAAUGGGUCAGUUGGAAACCUUGGAGACAGUCGCAAUUUUCGCAUUCCUUUCUGACCACGUCCAGGACAGAGUCCACCAGCUCGGCACCCUCCGUGUAAUGUCCCUUCGCCCAGUUGUUGCCUGCUCCGGAUUGGCCAAACACGAAAUUGUCCGGUCGGAACAAUUUCCCGUAUGCGCCUGAACGAACCGCGUCCAUCGUACCGGGUUCGAGGUCCAGCAGAAUCGCCCGGGGUACAUACUUUCCUCCGUUCGUGGACGUGGCAACUGAAAUAGUUGUUAAAAUUCAGCAUUCGUAAAAGGAAAAGAAAAAAGAAAAACAUGGCAGUAGCGCGUUUCUUCGUGAAGGGUUUGCUAGUGGACUCAUCGGUAAGACUCAUCGACAAAUAAUGAGUCAGCUCCCAGGCUAUAUGUGUGCUUAUCCGAAUGAAUAGUUAGCAGGAAGCCUGCCAGCACGUAAGUAGAUACAGUAUCGCGAAUGAUCCCUUCUUGAAAUAACCUACGUCUAAAAUUUCCUCUAAUAUACCUUGAAACAUUAUUUAUAGUAACGAAUUAGGCAUCAAAGUCACAAGUACGUGACGCCGACGGUCAAAGCAUAAAAUGGGCUCGAUGGACAUUGUUAUUCCGCCGAAAACUUGAGACGUUGCUUGACUCGAGGUCUUUAAAUGGUCGACGGAAACGCGUAUACGGUUUCGAUGGCGCACAACUGGCCGCGCGGUUAGCAAACGAGUCACGAAGUCGCGUUUCCUACGUAAUCGUGCUUGGUCGCGAAUAAUUUCGAGCAUCUUCGAGGAGAGUAUUAGCCGGUGUGCAUAGACGCUAGGAAGAGAAAGGGGCACGCGCGAAACUAGUUCUCAGUCGGGGUAAAAGCGAGGGGUGAACGCACAAAGCGGUUAUUUCGGUCGCAAAACGCGUCCUGUCUCUCGUUGUUCCUUUUCUCCCGCGUUCCGCGUAUCCUCGCUACUCUCGCGCCUCGUCUAUUUUCGAGUACUUGCGCCCCUGCGUCCGCGCUACCCGCACGCACUAUGCCAACCAGAUUGCGAUGCUUAUUCGAAUAUUUCAUUCGUUUUUCCUCGAUUAAAUUAAUUAUAAUAAAAAUAAUCCUUACCAGAAGCUUCGUUGUAGUAGACGGAGAUUCGCUCCAAUUGAAGAUCGCUGUCUCCGUGAUAGAUGCCCGAUUGAUCGAUACCGUGCUCCUCAGAGAUUACUUCCCAGAACUGUAAAGAUAACUGAGGCUAUAAUAAUAGCAAAGAAAAGUGAAAAGACUACUUUGGGACUAAUAACUCUCUCCGAGAGAAAUCUAUAAACAGAAAUGUUCGCGGACCCCAUCCCUUGGUUCGAGUUAACCCUCCCUUGCGCUCCCUCCUGCGGCCCGUUCCUCUUCUCUAUUUAUCUUGCCCUUGCUAUUUUCUCUCCUUCUAUUAAUAGUCACCGUAGUCCGUUUCGUCGACUAGGACAACUACGAACCAAUCCGAUAAGAUUCGAUCCUUGCCCUGCACGAGUAUUUCGAAAUAGAUGAAAUUGUUCUUUCCCAUCGCGAGAGUUAGCGUUUUAGCGAGAUAUCUGGUUAAUUAGCGGAGUGGAGCGGUGCGGCUAAUUAGGAGGGUUGCCGGUCUUUCUUCCGUUCAAUUGCUCGUUGCCAAUCCUUCCUUUCUCGGUCAGAAACGAACGAUUCUCUUUGUUCUGGAUGCAAUAUACAGCUGGUCCGUCGGCUGUCGUUAUUUUCCGCACGAAAGAGUUUCAACCGGGAGAGAUCAUCCCAGAAAACCGAGCGUCCACGCAUCGAUGAAGAACGCGAACAAUUUCAAUCCCCUUGUUCUUUCCUUUUUUCUUAAUCGAACAUUUCAUCUUUAUAUCGAGAAACGGCUACAACGAUUCCAAAGUAACUCGCGAUCAGUUUCGAGAAGGUUUAUUUUAAUCGAAAGCGAGAUAUUUUCGAAGCUGGAAUCAAUCGAGGUGAGUGAAACAUUGCGGUAGGUAAUAGGAGUAUACGUUCGUAAAGAGAUUCCCGUGAUAGCGACAAAAAGAAAGAAAAACUUAACGAAGAAAGGGGAACGUACAGUGGUAUCAACGCUUACGCAUACUUUCCGAGACCCUUCGCGACGCGACGCUUCUUUAAAUUCCAUCCGCCGAUUGCUCACCGUCCACGCCUUAUCUUUAAUUCGAUUAAAGCGCUGACAAUUCGAGAUGGAAAAGAACGUGGACGAUUCCGUUUAUUAUUUGACCAUUGCAAAUCGCGAAACUGUACGAAAACGUCUAUCGAUCGGAAAAAUCAUUGGGUCGAUCGGAAUAGCGCUUUUUUUUCCUAAAGGAAAAGAAAAUUCCCUCGGUUGAAAAGUACCACGACCUACCUUCGCACCGAUCUGGUUGCCGCAUUGUCCAGCCUGCAGAUGCACGAUUUCUCUCAUUCUGAACUUUUCUUUUGUUCGCGACUUCCCUUUUACGAUCCUCGAGAAUCAAAUUAUGUCCCAGCGACGGACGUUCUCGAUGCGCAGAGGUAAAACUGUUGUGCACUGUGCAAGUGUGCAGCCGAAUGUCGCGCAGGAGUGCACGAGCGUGGAGCGGAGCGGAGCGAAACUGACGAGGAAACGCGCACUCGUGUCGCUGUCCUGGCCACGACUCUCGGCCCGCUCUGCUCCUAGGCUGCCACCAGGGGACACAGGCAAGGAGGGAGAAGAGCAAGAUUCUCUCCAUCCGGCGAGAACGCGUUCGACGAAGAAACGAGGAAAAGGGAGGGCUAACAGCCUUUAGGACUUUACGAUGAUAACGCGAUACCUUAAUCACCACACCUACUAUGCUCACAACGUAAAGUACAUCAUUUUUCAACCUGUUUUAUUAGCCUCUUAGGGUACCAAGUAUCCAAGUGUCAAGGUUGCCUUUUUAUCACUGUCUUACUAUAGCAAAGAUCGACGAGUCAUGCUUUUUUCCACCCAUGAAAUCGAUCGACAUUCGUUCAACGGGACCCUGACGAAUCGAAACGCUCCGAAAGGGUUUCGUCUUCUUUCUACAGGAAUAAAAAACAGGAUAUCCUGUUCAACGAACUUCGAUCAUAGAUCCUAAUAACGCGUUUCGCUUCUUUCAGCUAUUUUUUCUUGCCUUUCCUAGAGCUGAAUUUGCGUGCCACGAAUUCCGUGCAUUCUCUCGCGGAGAACAUUGCUCGGAAACGAAAAAGUCUGUUGAAAAGGAGAAGAGAAGCAAGACCUUUUCGUCUCGUGAGUCACCCGUUGCUUUAUUCGCCGCUGGUAGCAAGCGACGUGGUUAGACGAAGAGCUCUCCAGCUGAGACCACGAUCCCCUACAGCUUGAAAAACCCUUUUUCUAUUAUUGUCAUUCUUUCCCUAUCUCUCGUUCCUGUUUGUCCUGGCAACGAAUCGUUGCUUCUUCUUCCCUUAGUUUGCUUUUAUAGCGAUCCUAACGUUUUACAACUGCCCGCGUUUAUCCUUUAUCAUGUGCAUACUCGCGAAAACCGAUAAUCGAUUUCAAGUACAUCGACGGAACACCGGUUCUUGUCAAUUGAUUUUUAAGUAAUAUAUGGAACUCGUUUUCAUCCAGACAAGGCAAUCUUCGCAAUUAGUCUGUCGAGCUGAAUCGAAUUCGCGAAGCGAGACGCCUUGCGUCGCUACGUAUACCCGGACGAUGAGUCAUACCUUGUGUACCACGGGGUCGUUGUCUGCAGUUUCGGCUGCGAGCUUUCUUCUCUUUUUAACCCGUUUCCCAAACGAUUCUUCUUGAGAAAGUAAUUUUUUAAAUUUUAACGCAAUUGCACGUUGCCUUGCGUCUCGAUAAUUUAUCGUGGCCGGCGAGUUGUAUACUUACGGGAAACCGGAAGUGGAAGAGUAACGCAGCGUGCAGCGGAAGAGAGAAAAAAGAAUAAAGCGAUUAUUCUGAGACUUGUCGUUUCAGUUAAACUUUGCAUCGAUGUUGGCGGAUAAAACCGAGAGAUACGGUGGACAGCCACGAUGCUCCAAUUCCAUCGACUUAACUGUACAAUGUUAAUCCGUUAGUGAACUCGUGAGACCCCAGAAUGGUGGUUAAAAUUUUAUCGAAAUUUUGACUCCAACAAAAUCAUUGUAUCCUUAAAUCAAAAACUUCAGAUUCUACUCUAAUUUCGACCAAUUCUUCGACAGCAAGGAAUUAUAAAUUUAACACGCGUAAUAAAAAAAAAAGAGAUUGUAUUCUUUGACGGUCAAUAAAUGCGGUAUCUGCAAUUAAGUAAUACCAUUGUGCUGCUUCGAACAUUGAACUAGAGGUCAUUUCAAUCAGAUCGAUGAUUACAUGGUUUCGACAGAUGGCGACACGAUCUAUUUUAUUGUUAUCGUAGUUAAAAAUAUUUUUAAACAAAACUAUUUGAUAUUCGAUUCCGUUGUGUAUUUUUAAUUGUUGUUUAAUACAUAACCAAUAAAUUAUCCUAGUAUCUAUAUUGAGAAAUUUGAUCGCGAAAGUAUUAGGACUGCAUUUAGAUUGGAGAUAGUUAAUUGGAUGUUCAAUUAUCAUAGCUUGGAUUGGUACUGCUUGAUCGAAUGAUCUACUUUAUUCAGAUCUAUUUGCCAUGGUAUAAAAGUCGGUAGAUAAACGGGACAAAUAUAAAUACAAGUACGUCUACAAUAAUAUAGAUUUAUAAAUACAAAGAAACAUUUGUUCGAAUUGCGGUAGUACUAGUAUACGGCCAAUAAUAAAGGGUGUUCUUAUAAAACCGUAAACUUAUAUGAUAAUAAUUUAUUCAAAGAUGAUGGUGACCGCCAGAGCGGUUUAUACACUGAAUACAAAGACGCGCCUCGUAAAUGGUAAUAAAUUGAUUGAGAAAACGACACAGAAAAAAGGAAGUAGUAAACAAAGUUGAAUAAAUUUUCGGAUUAUCUUGACGAGUGUAAUAUUACUAAUGAAAAUAAAAAGCGCGUCAGAAGAAUCUGUAAAAAAGAAAUUAAAAAAUGAAGAGGAGAAA